CCAACCCCCGUAUAAAAUGCUGACCAAAUCGAAAAAUCGGAGGCAAAUAAAGAAAUGGGGGUCCACGGUCUAUGGGAACUCCUCGCUCCCGUCGGUCGCCGCGUCUCCGUCGAGACCCUCGCCGGGAAAAAGCUCGCCAUCGAUGCCAGUAUCUGGAUGGUGCAGUUCAUGAAGGCCAUGCGGGACGAGAGAGGAGAGAUGGUCCGCAACGCGCACUUGCUUGGCUUCUUCCGCCGCAUUUGCAAGCUCCUGUUCCUCAGGACGAAGCCCGUGUUCGUCUUCGACGGCGGCACGCCCGCUCUCAAGAGGCGCACCGUCGUCGCUCGCCGGAGGCAGCGCGAGAACGCGCAGGCCAAAAUCCGGAAGACUGCUGAGAAGUUGCUUCUCAAUCACCUUAAAACUCUGAGGCUGAAAGAAUUGGCAGAAGAUAUAAAGAGGCAAAAACAAAUGAGUGAUGCCAAGGGUAAGAAGGUUUUAUAUGACCAAUCUGGUACAAUGGGAAAUGCUCGCCAUGACCAGGAAAAGCUAGAUGAAAUGUUGGCAGCAUCUAUUGCAGCAGAGGAAGAGCAGAGAUUUGCUAAAAUUGCAUCAACAUCCCAAACUGUGAUUUCUUCUGAUGAAGAUAAUGAAGAAGAAGAGAUGAUUCUGCCUGACACGAUUGAAAAAAUUGAUCCAGCUGUACUAGAGGUAUUGCCACCCGAGCUACGAGUCCAGAUGGGAAAGAGGCUGGAAGGUGCUGAUAGUCAACACCAUUUAGAAGCUGAAAAAGAGGAGUUAUCAUGUCAAAAUGACAGUGUCAAAAGGGAUCAAAAUGAUCUAAAUUCAACUCGCCAUGAUCAGGGGAAGCUUGAUGAGAUGCUGGCAGCGUCCAUUAUGGCAGAAGAAGGUGAGAUGGCAUAUACUGCGUCAACCUCUGCCCCUCAGAUAUUUUCUGAGGAGGAAGAUAACGAUACAGAUGAAGAAAUGAUUGUGCCAGAAGUGCACGGGAAUGUUGAUCGUGAUGUAUUAAAUUCUUUGCCUCUAUCAGUGAGGCUCGAUCUUUUGGCUCAGAUGAAGGAGCGACAAAUGGCAGAAAACCGACAGAAGUAUCAGAAAGUAAAAAAGGCUCCUGAAAAGUUUUCUGAGCUACAAAUACAGUCCUAUCUAAGAGCUGUUGCGCUGCGCCGGGAGAUUAAUCAAGUGCAAAAAGCUGCUGUUGGCAAUGGAGUCGGUGGAGUACAAACUUCAAGGAUUGCCUCAGAAGCCAAUAGAGAAUUUAUAUUCUCUUCUUCAUUCACUGGGAAUAAAGAAAUGCUUACAUCUGCUGAAGCACAGAGAAAUAAAAGUAGAGAACACCAGACCGGGAUGGAUAAUCUUUCCUCCAUUUCUGAUAGUGGAGUCUCAUCUAAUGAUAAGUCCAAUGCAGUGAAAGACUUGGUUCCUAAAAAAUCCAGAGUUAGCUUCAAAGAUGGUGUUGAAACUUUUUUUGAUGAGAGAGGGCGCAUUAAAGUCAGUCGUGUAAGGGCUAUGGGAGUCCGUAUGACCCGUGACUUGCAGAGGAACUUGGAUAUGAUGAGAGAAAUUGAGCAGGACCAGACACAUAUCAAUGCCCAUUCAAGUAGUAUGCUGGACACUGAGUCUGGAGUGGAAAGUAAUAUUGUUAUUGUAAGAAAUGAUCUUUUGGCUGAAACAUCAACAAAUGAUGUUAGUAGAACUGCCAAUUUGAAUGAGAGUCACGAGCAUUCUAUGUUUGGGGAUGGUAAUUCGAUAAAAAUAUCCUUUGAAGAUGAUGGUGAAAGCAAGACUUUGAAUGAUGAUGAUCAAUUAUUUAUUCGGUUAGUAGCGGGAGAUUCAGCAUCCUUAUCUUCUCCUGGAAAAAUCACAUCAAGGACACAGUCUUCUGAUGCCUGUUCAGAUUUUGAGUGUCAUGGGCAGAAAGGCGAGAGCUUUUCCUGUGAUGAUCGAGUUGAAAUUGAGCCUCUUGAAGAGGGGAAAAUUAGUGAUGAUAGCGACGUGGAGUGGGAGGAAGGAUUUUCUGACGUUUCAAAGGAUGCCUCCACUUGCCAUGUUGAGCCCAGAAAACCUGUUUCAAGAGGUUAUCUUGAGGAAGAUGCUGAUCUGCAUGAGGCAAUUAGGAGAAGUCUUGUGGAUCAGAGAUCAAAUGGGGCACCGCAAAUGGAUCAUGAGAGCGAAACUGACGGAGAAAAGAGUCAUGAAGAUACUAUGCUCUGUGAUUUAGAGAACCGUACAGUAAAGCAAACUUCCGUAACUGGAUAUGCUUCUAAAGUAUCAGAAAGAGAGAAAACAUUAGUGGACGGUUCUAUAAAUCCUGGUAGCCCUGAUGUGGGUUGCCGUUUGCAGGUGGUUGAUUCUUUAGAAAACAAAGGAGAAUUUUCAAAUUCAUGUAAUUUGGAUAAAGUGGGGAUGCCAAUCAAAGAAUUUGAUGAAACAUUUCAAGGUUCUAGGGUUGCACCGUCAGGGCAAAAAAAGCCUCUGGUCGACUUGACUUCUCUAGAAAUAGAGAGGAAUUUGAGUCCAGGCAAGCCAUUGGAUAUUUCUGGUGCAAGUUGUGUGUUAUCUGCUCCCAAGGACGAGCAUUCAAGGGAAGUGUGCGUCGAUGAUGAAAUAUGUGCUGAAAUGUCUGGUGAUGGUCGAAUUGAUGGGAAGAAAAAUACCGAGGCUGUACAAGCAUCCCCCUAUGCUGAGGAAAUUAAGCUUUCAUCUGAUGCUUUGCUCUCAUUGAGAAGAGAAUCAACAUGUGACGCGGUUGAGGUGCAUAGCAAUCUUGACGAUAAUCCCUCAGGACAGUUGCCAAAUGUCGAGAGAUUUGCAUUUGAGGAUAAGGAAAAUGUGCAGUUAGAAUUCGCCAGGGCAAAUUUGGAGGAGGAAAUGCGGAAAUUGGGUCAAGAAAGUAUAAAGCUAGGGGACAUGCAGAAAAAGCUAGAACGCAAUGCCGAGUCUGUCAGUAGCGAAAUGUUUGCAGAGUGUCAGGAGCUGUUGCAAAUGUUUGGAUUGCCAUACAUCAUUGCACCUAUGGAAGCAGAAGCUCAAUGUGCUUACAUGGAACUGGCAAACAUAGUUGAUGGUGUAGUUACUGAUGAUUCUGAUGUGUUCUUGUUUGGCUCACGAAGUGUCUAUAAGAAUAUAUUUGAUGAUCGCAAGUAUGUGGAGACGUACUUCAUGAAGGACAUAGAGAAGGAGCUUGGUCUUUCCAGAGAUAAAUUGAUAUGUAUGGCAUUGCUCCUUGGGAGUGAUUAUACUGAAGGUGUUAGUGGAAUUGGCAUUGUUAAUGCCAUUGAAGUUGUAAAUGCAUUUCCAGAGGCAGAUGGUCUUCAAAAAUUCCGUGAGUGGGUUGAAUCACCAGAUCCAACCAUUCUUGGGAAGGCUGAUGUUCCUGAAGGAUCCACUGUUGGGAGGAGAGGGUCAAAAACUAGCAAUAACGGCAUCAACGGUCCAGAAGGUGCUCAAUGUGGACCACCUUCAUCGGAGCAGAAUUUGUCCCCAUCUUAUGAGCAAAGAAAUUCUAUUGAUAAAAUCCAAGAGAUGAAGCAGCAAUUCAUGGAGAAGCAUAGAAAAGUUAGCAAAAACUGGCACAUACCUCCUACUUUUCCAAGUGAAGCGGUAAUAUCUGCAUAUUCUACUCCCCAAGUGGACAAGUCAACCGAGCCUUUCUCAUGGGGCAAGCCGGAUCAUUUUCUUCUCCGCAAAUUAUGCGGGGAAAAGUUUGGAUGGGCUACCCAAAAGGCAGAUGAAUUGUUAGUGCCGGUCUUAAAUGAAUACAACAAGCAUGAGACCCAGCUGCGAUUGGAAGCUUUUUAUUCUUUUAACGAGAGAUUUGCUAAAAUCCGUAGUAAGAGAAUUAAGAAAGCUGUCAAAGAAAUCACUGCUAGCCAAUCUUUGGACUCGAUGGGUGAUGAUGCCCAAGUCCUUAAUGGGAGUGGAAAGAAAAGAAGAGGGUGCUCCGGUGAUGUCUCUGGUGAAAAAUCAACUGGAAAUCUCAGAUACCGCUCGACAAAAUCAAAGUCCUUGCAGUCAAAGAAAAGAAGGAUCCAUGGAAAGCCUAUUAUUUCUGAAGUGAACUUAGAUGCCUCAAAACUGGUGGAAAGCAGUGGAGAUGGCAAUAAACAGUCUCUUCAGACUGGAAGAGGUAGAGGUAGAGGAAGAGGAAGAGGCCGAGACCGAGGCCAAGGAGAAAUUAGGAGAGGUAGAAAGGCCACCCCUGAUAAAUCAGAAGGUAGCUCUAGUGAUGGGGAUAGUGUUGAAGUGGGGCACGAGGUGUGGUUAGAAGAGUGCAAAGGACGGCAAGAAGUGCGUAGAUCAGCACGCAGUCGGAAGCAGGUGAAUUACAAUAUGGAGAAUUUGGAGGACAACGCAUCAGCGCGCUGUUCUGACAAAGACUCUGAGGAAGAGUUCUCAGAAUACAAAUCUCCCUGUGCUCCUACUGCACAUGGUGAUGCAGCUAUUUCAGAACUUAAGAGUGAACUUGCAGCUGGAAAUCCUCGUCUUGAGGGGAGUAAAGAAAUGGAUUACCUUAACAUGGGAGGUGGGUUUUGUGAGGAUGACGCCGAUACUGGUGAACCAAAACAGAGACCUGACUCCCCUCCAGAGGAUCUUUCUGAAGAUCAUCUCACAAUGGGUGGUGGCUUUUGUACGGAUGAAGGAAGGACGAGCGAGGAUCCUGGAAGUGCUCAUAACAUAGCUAAUGAGCCUUUGGGACAGGGAAAUGAAGAGUCCUUUGAAUAUUUAGAGCCUGCAGAUGAAGCUGAGCUCGAGAACUCUGUGACUCGAUCAAUCCAUUCGCACAAAAUGACUUCUGGUGUACCUUGUGACAGGGGUGCCAAAGAUGUGGCUUCUAUGCAGGAUGACGUUGCCAACAGUGUAAAAACCAGAGACGAUGGCCGUUCUCCAGGCAAUCUCCAAGCGGAGGAUAAUGCAGCACGUGAUUCAGGAAUCGCCUCUUAUGGAUCUCUAAGUGCCAUGCCUUCCUUGAUAAGAAAACGGAGAAGAGGCUGAACCUGUAAUAUUUAUGUACUUACUCCUUGUAAUUUUUGCCCUUGGAUCUUAACUUUGACUUAUAAUGGUUGUAUUUGAAGAGCAUAGAGCACCUAUAAUACCCCUGAUGAAGAAAAUUUUCUGUGGGAGAUUG